AUGAAAUUCUUUGCUAUUGCUUUAGCUACUUUUGGUGUUGCUUCUGCUGCCUCUGACAGCUUUCCGUUUUUCAAAAAAGCCACAUGUGCUAGUAGUUCCUGUAUCAGUGCUGGUCAAGCAAUUAUAAAUAAUUGUGGUAUUGAUGGUUCUUCUGAUUAUUCAUGUCUUUGCAGUGAAUUUGAAAGCUCAUUUUAUCAAGAUCUUUAUGAUUGUGCUAAUGAUUGUGGAACUCAAAAUCUUAAUUCGCCUUCUGAAUUCCAAUCUGUUUAUUGUAGACUAGCUUCCGGAACUUCAGGUGGUAGCACUGGUUCUGCAAUUGAGACUGAAGUUGACGCUGUCAAUUCAGAUAUUGCAAUUACAACUCUAGGAUCAAGCACAGCUAGUAGAACCAGUUCCAGUACUGGAUCAAGUUCAGGUUCUAGAACUAGUACGAUUGGUGAAUUGGAAACAAGCAGUGGUACCAGCUCCAAUACAGGUGCACCCCAAGCAACUAAUGGUGCUUCUACUGGAAAUUUUUUCUCCAUUAUUAGCUUAUUUAUUGCAUUGUUGAUUUAA